AUGGAUAGUAACGCUGAAGAUAAUGAUGACACAAUAAUCGUAGAUGGCGAAACAGUUAUUGACGAUUUACUACUUGCUUCAAAAUUUGCAGAAUUAGAAAAUUCUAGAUUAGAACUUAUUACUCAAGCUUAUGAUGAACUUAGAAAAGGGAAUAUAUCUAAAGUAAAGAGUAGUAGAUAUGGUAAUGAACAUGAAAAUAUGAAUGAAGAACUACAGAAUAUUCUUAAUAAUGAUUCUAUUGCUAAGAAUAAGAAAUUUAUAAUAACAGAUGAUGAAGGAAGUGAAAAUGAGGAUGAAAACUUAGAUAGUAAUACUUCUACUGAAAGUGAUAAUGAAAUUCAAGAAUUGGUUAAGAGAGAAAUGAAAUAUAGGGGACAAAUAAAUAAUAAUGAAAAACAAACUUUAUUAAAUACAGAUGAUACUUGUAUUGAUUUAUCUAAUGAAUAUCUGGAAAAUUUUGGAUUAAAAAUAGAUGACAAAAAUAAAUGUGAUGAAUUAAGCGAUUGUGAAUAUGAAGAUGAUUAUGAUUCUAGAAAUACUAAAUUUAAGAAUAAAGAUAAGAAUGUGAAUAAUUUAAUCAAUUCUACAUGUAUUCCAUAUAUUGAAAUAAUUGAUUUACCUUGUAAAGUUGAUUCAGAAUUACCUUGUGAAUUUAUCGGUAAUAUUUUUUCAUUGGUUGAUAAUUUAUUAUUUGAUGAUGAAAUUUGUGAAAAAAAUACCACAAAUAAGAAAUUAGAUGAUAAUGAUGUAAAUGAUAAUAAGAAUAGUAUAAUAAUGGUUAGAGGAGAUCCAAAUAGCUCAAUGCUUGAUCUAGGAUCUGUUGUUUGUUUAGAAGAUAAAACAAUAAUUGGAGUUGUAGUUGAUACAUUUGGACCUAUUAACUCUCCAUUUUAUGUUAUUAGGAGACAAAAUUACUUUAUACAAGACUUAAAUAUUGGAGAUAAAAUAUUUUGUGAUGUAAAACAUUCUACAUUUCUUGGAAAAGCCGGGGAAAUUCAAUUUUCUUAUCUUAAAAAUAAUAUUGCAACAAAUAUUAAUGGAAAUAAUUUAUCACCAGUUAAUGAAGAUUUAGAUGAUGAUACAGAAGAAGAUAAAUGUGAAACUUCUGAAUAUUUUGAUUCUAAGGGAAAGAAUAAAUUUUUUCGAGCUGGGAGAUUCAAAGAGAAAUAUGAGGAAGCAGGUAUUCAAAUUACAGAUUAUAAUGAAAUUAAGAAGCCAAUAAAUAAUAAUAUACCUACAUGUAUAUCAUCUACAAGUAGAAAUAAUGUCCCAAGAUCUAAGAAACUUGGUUCUUUUAAUAAUAGUAACUCUAAACAAUAUGGACUUAAUUCUAAAAGUAUAUCAAAUUAUAAUCGCAAUACAAAAUAUGGAAAUUCAAACCAUAAAAGAUCUUCAGAUAAUAGGAGUAUACAAUAUUUGGGGCAACAUCGACGUAAUAAUUAUCGAAGAAACCAAACACCAAAUAAUAACUAUUCUAGUCAUGUUGAUCAUUAUAAUCAAGUUAAUCAUAAUAAUUUGUUUGUAUAUCAUGAAGUUGUAAAUUAUCCAAAUAAUCCUUCAACUAUUUCUAAUCUAAAUUAUCCCAAUUUACAAAAUCAACAGCAUAUGGUUAUGUUUGGUAACCAACAGCCUAUUCUAGGGUAUCAAUUUCUACCCCAAAACCAAUCAAUAAUAGGCUAUCAACAUUUUGUAUCCCCUGAACACUUUUCAACAAAUUCAAAUACUACUAAUCAAUAUCAACAAGUAAUGCAAUCUUUCUAUAUACCUAUUGAUAGAGAUACAAAUAAUCAAGUACAAAUUCAUUCUAUACAGCAAUUUAAUCAAGACAAUAGAAAUAAUAAUGAUAAUGAUAAUAAUAAUGAUAGAAAUAAUGUUAAUAAUGAUAGUAAUAUUAAUGAUAAUAUUAAUAAUAAUAAUAAUAAUAAUAAUAGUAUAAUAUAG